AUGGUUACUCUCCCAGAAAGAGCUUCGUCCCCGGAAUGCAUUCUCGUCGGCGAAACCAGAUCAGACAUUGCCGGCAUCGGUAUCAUCGUCAGCUUCGUCGGCCAAGCCGCAAUCUCCCUCUGCCUCGCCGUCUGGGCCUUCUUCUUCUCCAAGAGCGGCGCCUUCGACGGCGGCCACGCGCCCGAGAGCAUCGACCAUGCCAUUGAGCAGAAGCGCCUCGAGUGCGUGUCCGACAUCCUCAUGGUGGGCAACGACAUCCAGAUGGUCAUUGGCACGUCGUACAUGAUUUCCGCCUUUUCAAACGCCGACUCCAUCGACACGUAUCACCUGCAUCUGGUGUUUGACAUUGUCAGCUUCGUCGGAGUCUCCAGCGCCGCAGCCCUCGUCUGCUGGACAUACUGCGACGUGCGCCUCCAUCACUCCUCUCACGCCCGCGACUGCGCCUCUCACCUCUUCACCCGCCACUUCGCCUGCUUCCGCUCCUCCCACUUCACGCCCCGCCACCGCGCAACGUACCUCUUCGCCGCGCUCUAUCUCGUCCUCACCAUCCUGCUCUGCGUCGCCCUCGACAACUGGGCGCUGGACCAGCCACCGGGCCGCUGCUACUUCUCCCAUCUCGUCACCGCCCCCAGCGCGCCCCAUCCGAUGAGCGACAAGGUCUACGUCUCCUUCACUGCCUCGUGGAUGCUCCUCGUCAUGCUGGCGGCUGCGCUAUCCGGCGCUCGCUGGCGCCACACCAUCCUCGUCCUCGCAUUUCUGCAGUUCCCCGUCCAUCUGUACAUGGCGCUGGCCUUGCGCUCCGCCAACCAGGGCAAGCUGGAAGGUGGCGGGUAUGAAAACGGGUGGGAUUUCGGCCAGACUACUGCUGUGAUCCUUUUGGCCGUGGCGGCAAGGGAGCUCUUCGAUAAGGGUGUCGAGUUCUUCUUCUUCGAGAAGGAUUUAAAAAAGAACAGAGCUCUAUCUAACAGGAACGGCAAAAGGGACCAUCGUGACGGGGCCUCUAACAAUCAUGAGCUUAGUGGAAUAUCUAGUGCUGAAGAAGGGUAUUCAUCUAACAGCGCCAGCGGCGCGAUAUAUGGGCAGCGACUGGGAGAGAGAUCAUCAUUCGCAAAGACAGCGUCAAAAGCGACCAAUCCAGGGGAUUCAAAGAUGGAGGAAGGAGAUAAAUAG